CGCCAUGUGGUCGCCGGCGGUGUGGUUAGCGUUGGUCAUCGCUCCGUUGAUGUCGGUUCGGUGCGCUCCUCCACAGAGCGUGAAGCCAGGGGGGCUACGUGCGUCAGAUGAGUGCAGCAAGCCGGUGUGGCAAGAUCUGGCCGAUGAGAUGGGGACGAUGGUCGCCAUGCUGAAAACGAAGCAACUCGCGCAGUUGACGGUGAGCUGAUUCGGUGUGAUGGAGAGGGAGAGAUGAGAGAUCCACUUCCUCAUUCAGUUCAUUCUCUGUGUGCUGUGCUGUGCUGUGUCAGCGUCGGUUGAGUGAGUGGCUGUAUCGGCUUGUCGGCAGCACACGUGUGGCCUUUGAGUGUGGCACGGCCGUGGCGGCCCUGUUCAACCUCCUCACACACACAUACACACAGCAGGCAAGCCCACCCAGCGCCUGUGCCACGGGCGCCUCUGUGUACUGUAUGUGUCGGUGUCUUUGGCCAUGCAUCAUGAUGUCUGUCUGCAGGGUCUCUAUGUGCGCGCCCUCCGCACCAUGCAGCUGGCCGUGGCCUUUGCCGCAAUGGACUACCAGAACAAAGGCAUGGACCACACACGCGUGUGCCGUUGUCGUUGGUUGGACCUGUGUGUGUGUGUGUGUGUGUGUCGGUGCGGUGGGUUGGUGGAUGGUUUCUCAGGUGAGGAGUACGUUGACCGUUCUCCGUGGCCGGUGCAGUGGCUGACGCUGACGGAGGACGUCCAGAAGCUCAAAAUGCUCCUCCACCAGGUGAGGUGACUUGCGCGACCAGAACUGAGUGAGCACCACAGCCUGCCUGACGGCACUCACUCGUUCAUCAGAUAGAAGCAGACGCCCAGCCGUGGCGCGCCCAGCCACUGACAGAGAGCUUAGGUAGGUACAAAACUGAUAUACCCAAAAAGUCAUUCGAUGGAUGGCAUACCGUUUUCUCGUCUCUAGCAGAGGAGCGUUCUUCUCUUUCGUCGUCGUCGGCGGCCAACUUGAGCAUCAGCAUCGCGACGGUGUGCGAGUACGACAGGAGGGUGACCCGGCUGGCUGAGUGGUCGCUCGCCAACAAGAAGGCCUACGCCGACGCGCACGGCUACCACCUCACACACCACACACACAGCCCCACCCUCAACCUCACCAUCGACGGUACUGAAGUGACUUGACUCACUCACUCGACACACACGCACACGCACCCCAUAUACUUCCGCUCUUGCUUGUGCUGCAUGCAGAUGGCGCCCCUCCCGCCGACCGCCCAGCCGCCUGGGGCAAGGUCGACGCCGUGCUGGGUGAGCUGCUCACGGGCCAGUACGACUGGGUGGUGUGGAUGGACUGCGACGCCUUCAUCCACAACCCCGCCAUCCGCGUACAAGACCUCAUCCAUCGGGCAGGCGGGCAGACGGGAAAGCUGGCUGGGGAGGAGUUUGGCCGGAUUGCUCGGCGGUUUGGCCGAUGCACCACCACCAGUACCACCAGCGGCAGCAGCGGCGGCAGGAAGGGUGUGAGUGGUGGCGUGACGACCGUCAAGUGUGACGGCGGGUGCGGGGCUGGGCUUGGGGCUGGGCUUGGGGCUGGGCUUGGGGGUGGGAAGGCGUGUGACGUGGCUGCUGCAUCGGUUUGGGCGUCUGCGAAUGGAGAGGCAAAAAGGUGUGCCAGCACAGCGCACAGCCAGGAGGCAGGACAGAGUGCAUCCAUUCCAUCUGUCUGUCUGUGGUCGUGCUUGUGUGUGUGUGCUGCAGUGGUGGUGGGCCUGUGUGGGAGCCCCUGCAGCUGUUUGACCACCAGCAGGUCAGUCAGGUGCUGUGCUGCGGGUGAAGCGACUGCCUGUGUGUGUCCAGCAAAACAAAUGCGACCACUGCCCUGCCGCUUUGGCUUUCCACAGGUUGAGCUGAUCGCAUCUGAGGACGGCCUGAUGCUCAACACAGGCACUGCGUCUCACAACAAGGAAGCUCUGGUGGACACGUGUCGGUGUGUGCGGUUAGUGCCUGCAGGUGUGUGGAUGGUUCGGGCCUCCGAGUGGUCGGCGUCUUUGCUACAGGGUGUGCGGGCGAUGACCUUCGCCGACAACCCCGUGACACGCCACCCCUGGUGGGAACAAACCGCUAUGGUAAGUGAGAAUCAACACGCCAACAAAAACACACACUUCUCCUUGACUGAAUUCCGUCUGACAGCUGUAUUUGCUGUUGCUUCCGUUCGUUCUGGCGGCUGCCAGCCGUCACGACACAAAGCCGGCGGACCACACACACGAAGGUUGGUCACCCACCCACUCACAGCCCGAGAGAGAGAGAGACAAGUCUCACUCACUCAUCAGUCAGUCAAUUUGCGUUGGGUUUGUGUGUGUGGUGUGGUCACUGUGGUGCCAGACGGGUGGGGCUUCGCGCCGAGUGUCCGGCUGCUGCCCCAGCGGCACAUCAACUCCUACCCCCCACUCAUCGCCAGCAAACUCGCCUCACACGCACACGUCGAUGAGGUAUAUGCGUCAGUGGGAGGGAGCCUUGGCGAGUUGGUGUAGAUGUGUCUGCCUGUGCGUGUAUGUCUGUGUGUCUGUCUGUCUGUCUGUCUGUGUGUCUGUGUGUGUGUGUGAUCAGGGUGACUGGAUCGUGGCCUUCAAUGGGUGCAGGGUAUACUCGUCCCAGGAGGUGUGCAACGCCUUGUUUGAGAGCUACUACCACCGGGCGAAGGCGAAGCUAGAGAGGUGGAAGCAGGAGCGGAAGGUUUAGGAGCACCAGGGCCUUGAACGAAACCAUCGGACAAACACACCGAUUUGUGUGUGUGUGUGUGUGUGUGAGCGUGUGAGCGUGUCGGUCUCUCGG